UGACUAGCUUUGCCAAACAUCUUUCACUCUAUUUCUCUAGAAUUCAAGCAAGUCAUUGUUUUAAAAAAAAUUGACACUUUUUUUACGAGACAAUGAGUGCAGGGCUUCUUUUCAUUGUAGGAAUGAAAAACACAUGAAUAAAUAUAAUAAACUGACUUCCACAAUAGUUCAUUUCUAUUUACUCUUAUUAUAAAGGUGUAAAUUCGUGGUGAUGAUUUGUUUACCCCUUACACUCUCUAGUCUCUCGCAUUACUAAUUAUACAUAUAUAGUAGUAACAAAUUUACAUUUAAUAUUAUCAAAUAAAUCUUUCUCUAGUAAUUAAAAAAAGGAAAUGCAUGAACUCCAUGAUUAAAUACUACACAUUACUAAUUAUACAUAUAUAUAUAUUAGUAAAAAUUACAUUUAAUAUUAUGAAAAAAUUCAUUCUCUGGUAAUUAAAAAAAGCAUGAACUCUGUGAUUAAAUUGAUAGCCAAGUGAUCAAAAAAUUCUUACCAGACUGUAAUUGGUUGUUUUAGUGAAGGAAUGGUUCCCAUAUUGCAUUAUUGUAUUGUAUGUUCAAACAUAUGAACAGAUUUCAUGUAUUUUCAAUGUAUUCAGCUUAAUCUUAUUUGCUUGUGUAUAGAAAAAGGUGCAUGUCUAGUUGCAAUUUAAUAGAAAUAAUAAUUUCCAUGAUGUUAGACCCAUCUCCAAUUCUAUAUGUUGAAUCCUUUUGUGCUGCUUGUAUUUUGAUAUCACAACAAGGGCUGAAUGCACAGCCUAACUUAUAAAUCUUUUCUUGGAUGUGUUGUCAACCCGUGUAUUUGUACGAGACGCUCCCUCCCGGGCUGUCCGCACGGACGGCUCCAAAGGCUCCCAAAAAACAAAGAGCCUGAUCUGCGCCUCCCUAGCCGGCGCCGGUUGUGGUGGCGGCGCCCGGCCGCCUAACGUGGAGGUGGCUGGCUCCAUGCUCGGUCUCGAGCAGAUCUUGGCAUUUUGGGUUGGAUCUAGUGGUAGUGCCUUGCGCAUGUUUCGGUGGGUUAGGCUUGAAGGGUGUUUCAGGCUCUUGCCAUUGCGCUUGGUUGGAGCUGGCACGUAGCUACCAAAAAGCGGUGUGGGACGUCAGUGGGAGAUAUGUUGUGCGAACUCGGGUGCCUCGCAUGCCAUCGGGGCGGAGCAAAGCCUCUCAGUCCUUCCUUUUCCCCAAUUUCCGUCAUUAUUUUUGUUUGUUGAUAUAAAUCUAGUCCACCUUCGACUAUCUCCUUCCCCUCUUCCUUGGCCAGCCGCCGGUCCUUGGGAGAAGGUCUCCUUCCUGCGUUAUGUCGUCUCGUCAGCUCCUUAGUGACGUGCAUGGCCAUCUGUUCCAGUUGGUCAUCACCACAACUUCCUCUUUUGUGGCGUUGCGGUGCGAAGAGCUGAAGGCUCUAGGCGAAAGCGCUCCACGUUUGUUCGGUGCUAGCGACCAUGAUGCUCACGAGCGCAAUUCCCCUGCUUGAAGUAUCGUAGUAGAACCUUCGCUCUUCAUUCAUAAUCGUCAUAAAUCUUCAGAUGAAAACUUGGACCCUCUUGGUCGGGCGACGACAGCACUCCGGUGUUGCCAUCUUCUUGAAGGCGUUGCCUUAGAAGCCUUUAGUAGUGUUUAUGCUCCUGGCGUGUGGUCAUCGCGUGUCUUGGGUUUGUUUGCUAUGAAGACAUAGGGACUCCGGUUAAGGUUUGGGCCCAAUCCGGCGACACUCUCUGGUGGCGGGGGAUUUAAGACUCCAAGCCUUCUGCUUUUAGCCAUUAUUCUCCUUUAUGGUCGCACUAUGUACUUCUAACCGGUUGAUGGCUUCGUUAAUUCAAAGACGAAGAACCCCAACGUAGCUGGGAUGGUAGGCAUGGCGCGUACCCACGAAUCCUACUAUAAAAUUUUAAGCCGUGGGAUCCUCAUUAUUUUUAAUUGGAAGAAGGGCUCAUUUCAAGAUUUCCGUCUAAAAAAAAGUGAAGGUUUCUAGGACGCAAACUAGCCCUAUAGUGAAAAUUGGUCUCUAGAAGAAACAGGCGGAAUGUGCGAAGCUGGCCCAGCCCAUGUCACCCAGUUGGGUCGUCUAUAUAUCUUCUCUGCCUUCCCCUCCCUGCAAGACCUAACACCUUCGUGAAGGCGGCCACUUCUCCUGCCCCUUCCAAGAUCAGCGAUAGGCAGGAGUCUUGGAGAUUCAUGGCGUACCGAGCUGGUGGUGGAGGUCGCAGGGUAGGCAAAGUCAAGAAGGGCUCCUCCUCCGGGAAGCUGGUGUUAUCCCCCAGUGAACAAUGGGAAGUGGGUAGCCCUAAUGCCCCUGCAAACAUAGUGGUCACAAGGGAGGAGAAGAGACUCGAGAUCAUUGAAGUUCUUCGUUCCUUUGGUGUCACCAAAUUGGAACUUGUGCCAGUUUACAAUGUACCGACCUUCAGGCAGGGUCAGAAUCCUGAUGUUGAUCCCUUGAACGUCGAAGUGUGCAAACGAUACACCGUUAUGGGAGAUAGGCGCAGGGAUUACCUCUUGCUUGAAAUCAGAACUAGAGGCCAGGAAACUGAUCAGACUAAGAAGGAGAAGAAAGCGAUCCGUAGGGAACUUGACGCAUAUGAAGAUGAGGUAGCAGAGUUGUUCAUCAAGAUUAAUGAUGCUCGUGGUAUUCCUGUGGACGUUCCGGAGCAAUUCAGUGACUACCCUAUGUACGUGCCAAAGAAGUGAGAAUGCCCGUGAUGCAUCAAAAAAACACCUGCUAUGCAUCAAAGAGUUUGUCUGGUCUUUUCUAUAUGCCUGCAAUGAAUCAAAUGUUAUGUAAUGCACAUGUUAAUUUUGUUAGCCUGGAGACUAGCAGUGUUUGAUGUACUUGCUUUGCUGUGCAAGCAAUGGGGGAAUAUUAGUUUCGAAUGUUGGAUGCCUGCAGAGUUUUGUUUCUGUGCUUAUACAGCAUGUUCAUCAAUAGUCUUUGCUUCUGUAA